CAGAUGAACCAGCUCUUCCUCCUGACAUUCGCAGUCGUCUAAAGGAAGCUUGCUUGUCGCUGGGCUAUUAAAGGCAAGCAGCUAUUAGGCGAUUUGAAAAAGAGGUCGAACAUCAUGGUGCGAGAUUUCCGACCGAAGGACAAGGGCUCCAAGCCUAAUCGCUUCAAGAAGCAGCAAUCUGCAGGUAGUGGGGCUGCAGGCAAUGGGGCUACAGGCAACAGGGCUGCAGGCAAUAUGGAUGCAGACACUUUCAAGAAGACGAGUCAAGGAGGCUUCAAGAAGCCGAGGCCUUCCUUUGAUAACAACAAGGCCAAGCCGUCAUUCUCGAAAGAUGGGAGUCCCGGUAGGAGACCAUUCAAGAAAAAUGAUACCCCUGGUUUCUCGGACCGAAACAGCCUUGCGAAUAAUUCUGUCUCCGACUCGUCGCCUUUUUACGCGCUCGCAUCCAAGGCCGGCGAAAAAGUGAAGGGAAAUAUGAUCUUCACAGCACAGCCGUUGUGGAUGCCUAUGCUGCUCGAACCUCUACCCAGCCAAGCAAGCUCGGCGCCUUCCUCUUCGCAAAAAGGCCAAGCCACGCCUGCCCUUUCGGAAGCCGAUAUCUCUGCAAUGUACGCUCGUGGUGAGCGCGUCCUGCACGAAGAUAAUGCUCGCUACUCGUCCUUGCUCUAUGGAACAGGAGGAGAUGGUCACAGCGGCAAGCAGGCUGCGAACUUGGGGUCCCUCGGUACGCUCUCCGCAUCCGAUGCUCGUUUCAUUGCUUCCUUGCUCUCCUCCGCAGGCGGUGGCGAGUCUGGCGGAUCAGCUGCAACGCUCUCGGAUCGCGUAUCGGCUUUGACACUUCUCGCGCAGUCUAGCCCUUUGCACAAUCUCGCUGCUCUCGAUCGUCUGUUUGGAAUGUGCAAGAAGAAGAGCAGGCAGGAGAGCGGUCGCGCAACCCGGGCUUUAGCUGACUGGCUCGCAUCUCCUGGAGGUCUGGGACCUGCCCUUGGCAAGGGAGGCCGCAAGCUGCGCUACUUCCGAGACCAACCGCUCCUGCCUAGAGUUGUCGCUGCUUCUCGUCCACCUGCAGGAGUCGAUGGGGGCAAAGCAGAGCGGAGCAUCGAUCAGCACUUGGGUCUCUUUGUCUUCGAAGACUACCUCAAAAAGUUCUACUUUCACUUCUUGCAGCUCUUGGAAGCUCAAUCGCACGACACUCUGCCCUUUGUGCGAACCGCAUCCGUCUCGCAGAUGUUUCACCUUCUGCGUGACCAGAGUGAACAAGAGCAGAACUUGCUCAGGCUGCUCGUCAAUAAGCUUGGCGACAACGAGAAAAGCGUCGCCAGUCGCGCCAGUGGACACCUCCUCGAGCUGCUCAACGUGCAUCCUGCCAUGAAAGCUAUUGUCGCAAGGGAGGUUGCACAAAUCAUUUUCCAGGCCUCAGCAGGCAAACCACAGCUCCCACAUACACCAGAAGCCAAAGGCAAGGGAAAGGCGGCUUCGGCUGGCGCUGAUGCUGUCGCGAACUCGAAAGUCAAUCUCCAUGCUCGAUACUAUGGUGUUCUGACGCUCAACCAAACCAUGCUGACAAGCAAGGACAAAGAUGUUGCAAACAUGCUCGUAGAGCUGUACUUUGACUUAUUCGAGGGCCUUCUCGAGCAGCAAGCUCACGUUGAUAAGGAUGAGCGGCGCAAAGUUGGAGGCGAUGGUGAGGCUGAUGGCGCUGCUGAGGCAGCCGACGGAGGUCAAUCUGCGAAGGAGAAGAGGCCGCGGUGGAAGGACAGCAAGAAGUUUGGAAAAGGUGGGAAAGGCUCGCAGCCCCUGAAGAAGAACACUAUGGGCGUCGAUGAAGCGCAUUCCAAGAUGGUCGCCGCGAUCUUGGCCGGGGUUCGCAGAGCAUUCCCUUUCGCAAGGCUAGGCAGUGAUAUCUUCGAUAAACACAUGGCAACACUAUUCCGCGUCACACACACCGGGUCGUUCAACAUCUCGAUUCAAGCUCUUCAACUCAUCUUUCAAGUGGCAGUCUCAGCCACCCCACCCGGUGAGCGAGCGGACACAGACAUCCGUGUCUCUGCCAUUUCGUCUCUCGGGGAUCGCUUCUAUCGCACGCUCUACGAUUCGCUUCUGGACGCGCGCCUUGCGACGUCUUCCAAGCAGGCCAUGUACCUCAAUCUGCUGUUCAAGGCGCUCAAAGCGGAUGAAGAUCCUGAUCGCAAGAAGGCGUUCAUCAAGCGCAUCUGCCAGGUGCUCUGCAUGCACGAUCCGUCCUUUGUUUGCGGCGCGCUUUUCCUCCUUGGAGAGCUCUUCAAAAUCAACCCUGGCUUCAAGGGCAUGCUGGACGACCCGGAGGAAGACGACGAGGAGCAUUUCGUAGAUGUCAAGGACGACGACGAAGAGGAACAGGAUGACGAAGCAGGGCAAGGCAAGCAGGAGGGCUCCGCGCUGGCAAUCACGGCAAAUGGAAUCAGCCGCGUCGCGUACGACGGCAGGAAGCGAGACCCGAGAUUCGCAGGUGCACAGAUCACUUGCUUGUGGGACAUCCUUCCUUUGACCCAACACUUCCACCCUUCGGUUGCAUUGAAUGCCCUUCAAUUGCUACAGUCGCAAGACGUGACGUCGAAUGCGGAUCUGUCCCUGAAUACCCUCUCCCACUUCCUCGACCGCUUCGUCUACCGCAAUCCCAAAAAGACUCCUGUCAGCUACAAAGGCACAAGUAUCAUGCAACCAGCGGAGGCUGCUUCUGGUCGCGGCGUUGCUGGCCUCGAAACGGGUGUGAUCAACAUCCGAGGCAAAGGUUUGGCUGCUGGUGAAUUUGUUAAUAGCGAGAAGUUCUGGAAAAAGGAGAAGGACAACGUCCCCGUCGAUCAGCUGUUCUUCCACCAAUUCUUCAACCAAAAAGCCCAACGCGAAGGCAGGGAGAGCGGGAAAGGCGGUGAAAACGCAAACGAGGGUGACGACAUGGAGAGCGAAUCUGAAGGCGAACACACGGCACCAGCGGAGAAUUACAACGAGAGCGAUCGGUCCGCAGCAGACGCUCCGGACGGAGUUGAUGCCGGUAUGUCGGACACCGACUCGGAUGAGGCAGAAAUUUGGGAAGCGAUGAAAGCAUCGAUGCCAGGCCGAGGUGACAUGGACGAUGACAUGGGCAUCUCCGACGAAGAAGAUGAGGACGACGAUGAUCUCGCUGCCUAUGAUUACAGUGAUAGUGAGGAGGACGAGGAAAGCGGCGAGCCGCAAGUCGUGGAGGGCUUCGAGGAUGCCAUGGAAGGGACAAGCAAAGAGGAUGAUACGGAGAGCACGAGUGAAGCAGAAGAUGACGAGGACACGCUGGCAGACGAUCGAGAACCUCAAGACUUUGGCAAUAUCCUCGACAAUGAUUCCGACGGAGAUGAAGGCAUCUUCGAAGAGGACGAAGACGACCUGCUCCCCUUCGCCGACUUUGACGACAUCGAAGCGGAGUCCAAGGGCAAGGCGACGAAGCGUGGAGCAGAGGAUGAAGGGGAGGCUGAAGAGAACGAGAAGGAAAUGCUCAGCAAGGGGCAGAAGAAGCGGGCGCUCAAGAAGCAAAGGAAGGAGAUGCCGGUCUUUGCCAGCGCGGACGACUAUGCGCACAUGCUAGGGUCUGACGACGAGAGUGACAUGUGACCGCAUUACACAACUGUGCAUCGCACCUAGCGCGUUGCAGUCAUAGGCUUGGAUGACUGCCAUGAGAUGCAGCCCUUCAUACUGGCUUCUACUUCCCAUAUGUAUAUUCUUUUAGGGAGAGUAGCGACUCUCGGUUCGAAUUGAAUACUCUGGUUGCUGGG